CAUGGAGCCUGUGUGAAUCUCUCCUUGCUGUUCUCUCUCUUUCUCUCUCCUUCUCGCCAAGGAGAAACGAAGAAUGUCCAAAUCCUUUGCGAAUCCCACCAGAAGAGCCGAAGACGUCCUAGACGAGAUCCACUCCGACCUGCUCGAGUGUAAAGUGUGUUUCGAACCGUUUUCCUCUGACCCCAGAGCCCGGAGGCCGCGCAACCUCCCCUGUGGUCACGUGAUCUGUCUGGGGUGCGUCUGCUCCCUGUCUCACUCCGUGUCACGCCGCCUCGAGUGCCCGUUCUGCAGGAAGCAAUGCGAUCAAGGUGGCACCUACGAAUGCCAGGUCCUCGUCGACCUUCAGGAGAUGAUCAGGUCGUAUUUCCCACAUAAAACCCCCCGAGAUCUGGAUGGAGAUCCGGGGUCAGGGGUCAUGCACCUGCGCUGCGCCUUCGGAGGGUGGGGUCCGCUCAUCAACCCGACCGGGGUGGCGGUGCACGGAGAAUCGCAGGAUGUCGUGGUGGCGCACGGGGGGCAUGAGAGAGUGACCGUGCUCGGGUCUCGUGGUCAGUACGUGCGCAGCUUUGGGCGCCACGGUCACAAAAACUUCGAAAUCUGCCAUCCUUUAGAUGUUGCCGUGACUCCCGGCGGCCAUGUCAUCGUAACAGAUGCAGGAGAUCGCUCGGUCAAGGUGUUCUCGUCGACAGGAAGUCCCGUGGUCACGGUCUCGGACCUGUUCCAGCUUCCAUGGGGCGUCGACGUGGACCUCUCGGGGAACAUCCUAGUGACGGACGCCGAAGCUGGAACCCUUUGGCAGAUCGACAUGGACUUCGAACGUGGCUUGGUUUCGCAAAAGAAGAAGACGGUGGAAGAUCUUACGACUCCGCGAGCUGUCGCUUGCUGCAGAGCGUCUGGACGCGUCGCCGUGGUGGAACAUCUCCAAAAUCGAGAAAGUCCCAUUGGAGGCUCCAGGUGGACGCGGGUGAAGGUGUUCAGCAGAGAUUACGUCGCCCUUGAGCAGCUGGACGGGUUCAGUUUGCACCCGAUGAGUCUGAGCAUCUCGUCCGUAAGCUUUAACAGAAACGGUGAUUUGAUCGUAGCUGAUGUGCAGCAGGGAAGCGUGUGGAGUUUGAGAGACGUCCAUAAAGCAGCAGAGGUAACUCCGCUCGUCAGGGAGGGACUGGUGCGUCCCGUGGGACUGGCGGUGACCAACGAAGACGCGCUGAUCGUCCUGGAUGCCGGAGAUCACACCGUGAAGACGUACGCGCCUGAAACUGAGGACUUGUACAGCGAUAAAUAAUAGAAAUGUAUAAUUAUAAUGUCACAAUGAUUUAGAAACA